AUGGCGGACGACGGCCAAAGCGAAAAUCCAUGUUCUCCACAAGACCAAAGCAAAGAUUUAUGCACCACAGCGAGCCAAAUGCCAGGUGUCAAGGAUGGCUCCCCAAAAGCACCUAAACCGUCAAUUUUAAAAUCUAAACACCAAAAGACCAUUGUUUCUGGCAAAGCAGACUGUGAUGAUCUGGAAAAGAAGGAGGAUCCCCUUCCAGACCAAUUUGAGGCUCUGCUGUCGCAGACUUCUCAGUACCAGCCGCCACCGCCACCAACCAAAACAGUGCUUGCAACGAUUCCCACCGAUCUUUGGAUCAAACUGUUUACCUACUCAGCGGCAUUGCUUAUUGUUCCGCCGUUUGUGUGCUUCGCUGGCUAUCGGUAUUUCUUCCCCGAUAAUUUGAUAUUUUCGGCGGUUUUUUCGAUCGUUCUUGCAAAUUUGAUUGUCGCCUCCUUCAUAUAUGCUGCCUUGACUGAGGAUGGCGAUGAGAAGGAAAAGUUUGAAUAA